AUGAAGGCCUCCCUUAUUACUCUUUUUGCUGCUCUGGCCACCUCGGCCCUCGCUGCCCCUACCGGUGGUGUUCCUGGAGUCUCUGAGGUCACCAAGACUGUGAACAUUGGUUCCGUCUCCAGCAACGUGAUCUCCACUCCCAGUGCCAGUGCUAGUGCUGGGGCUACCGGCCACAUUGUUCAGGAUGCUGGCAAUGGUGUCAACCAGGUCCUGACUGUUACUGGCACUGACGCCAAGAAGCUCCUCGUCCAACUCAGCCCCGAGGUUGCUAAGCUCCUGUCUGGCCUGGGUCUGCCUGGCCUUGGAUCCUCUGUGGGUUCCAUUAUCAAGACCGCUGCGUCUGUUGGCGACCUUCUCAAGGAUGUCGGCAAUGUCGUCGACGGCCUUCUCACUGUUGUCGACAAGGACGGUAGGGCUCUUCUGAUCCAGCUCGACCCCGUGGUCACUGGUCUUCUCAGCGGCCUUGGACUCCCGGAGCUUGGUGUCCCCGUCGGAUCCAUUGUCGGCACCCUUGGCGAGAACCUCAAGCGCUCGGGAGAUGAAGGGAUCGUUCAGGACCUUGCUCCUAAGGUCAAGGAUGUCCUCGAAGUCACCGGCUCCGACUCCAAGCGCCUGCUCGUCCAACUCAGCCCCUCCGUCGCCUCCCUCCUCUCCAACCUUAACCUCCCCAACGUUGGAACCCCCGUUGGUCAGAUCAUCAAGACUGCCGGCAGCGUUGGCGACCUUCUCAAGGACAUCUCUACUCCCGUUGAGCAGCUCCUGACCGUCGUCGGCCAGGACGGCUCUUUCCUGCUCAUUCAGCUGUCUACUGACGUCGCCUCUCUCCUCACUGGCCUUGGCCUCCCCUCCCUUGGCACUUCUGUCGGCAGCGUUGUCGCCACUCUCGGUCAGAACCUGUAA